AUGACGGAUGUUCGACAUGAAGAAGAUAGCAAAAGUUCUCUUCCUAAUAGUUUGUUAAAACAUAUAUCGGAUGAAUUAUGUUACCAUGGAUUCCUUCCUCGUGAAGAUCUCCCGUAUUUGUUAGAGCAGGUGGGAGAUUUUCUAAUUCGAAUUACUCAGUUGAAACCAGGUGAUCCAUGUGAACUUGUUUUAUCGUUGCGUGUUUCCGACAAAAAUUCGCCAGCUUCAAUUAGACAUGUAGUAAUACAUCGAAUGAAAGGAAAGGAUGGCAAAAUUGAAUGGCUAACAAGUCAAGAAAAUAGAUUUAAUUCUCUUAAAGAACUCAUUGAUACAUAUGUCUCUGGCAAGAAACCAAUCAAUCCUGAGAUUAAAACAUCUCAAUUAAUUCGACCAAUAGCACGACAAUCGUGGGAAUUUCUACAUGAAAAUAUUACAUUAAAAAAUAUGCUUGGAGAAGGACAGUUUGGUGAAGUUCGAGCAGCUGAAGCAUUAAUUGAUGGCAAAAAAAUACCUGUAGCUGUUAAAAUUGCAAAAACAAUAAGUGAUAAGAAGCAUAUACAACAGGUUAAGGAAAAAAUAAAGGAAAUGAUGCACGAAGCACGAUUAAUGCGAUAUUUUGAUCAUGAAAAUGUUAUUAAGAUGCAUGGAGUUGCUGUUUGCCGUGAACCAUUAAUGAUUAUCAUUGAAAUGAUAAACGGUGGCUGUUUAACAGAUGUAUUGGAAUCUCGAAAAGGAAAUGUUUAUGAAAAUGAAAAAAUUGAAAAUAUGUCACUCGGAUCAGCCCGUGGUCUUGAAUAUAUCCAUUCGCAAAAAAUCAUUCAUCGAGAUAUUGCAGCUCGUAAUGUGCUAUAUACGGAAAAUCGGGUAGCAAAAAUUAGUGAUUUUGGAAUGUCCAGAUAUGGUGAAUUUUAUGAAAUGUCAAAAGGGAACAAAAAAGUACCAUUGAAAUGGACAGCACCAGAAAGUAUGGUAACAUAUCAGUAUACGCCUAAAACGGAUGUCUUCUCGUAUAGUAUUUUGCUAUGGGAAAUUUUUUCGGAUGGUGAAGAACCAUAUAAAGGGAUGACAAGUAUCGAAGUAAAACGAAUGAUCUCAUGCGGUGAACGCUUAAAAAAACCGGAAGGAUGUCCCGAUUUUAUGUAUCAUUUAAUGGAAAAAUGUUGGAAUCAAAAUCCGGAUAAUCGAUGCACGAUGUCAGAGGUAGUAAAACAAUUGGAAGAUAUGAUAGAACGUAAAUCUUCGGCAUAUUCAGAGAUUCAACAAUCAUAUGGUUCUACAGAGAGAAUUAAAUCAAAAGAGGACAUAGAUGAUUUGAAUGAACCUAUACGAAGUAUCAUUUCUCAGAGUAAGACAAAACGAAGGAAGCAUCACAAACGAAGAGAGAAACAAAGAAAGUCACGAAUACACAAAAAGUUACCUGAAACUGAUAAUGAACGAAAGAAACCAAAAUCACGACGACAUGAUAUGAAAUGGCCACAUGGUGCAUUAUAA